AUGAUUGAGAUGGAAUAAAUGGCAGGCACAAACUACAGCAAAACCACAGUCAAAGAGUUCAUUCUUUUGGGGAUCACUGAACGUCCAGAGCUGCAAAUCCCUCUCUUUGUGGUAUUCCUUCUGAUCUAUGUUAUCACUGAGAUGGGAAAUCUGGGGAUAAUCAUCUUAAUCAGGAUUGAUACCCACCUCCAUACUCCCAUGUACUUCUUCCUCAGCCACUUAGCUUUUGCUGACUUUUGCUAUUCUUCAGUUAUUGCGCCUAAAAUGUUGGAAAACUUUUUGGCAGCUAAGAAAACCAUUUCAUACAAUGCAUGUGCAGCACAGUUGGGCUGCUUCCUAACAUUCAUGACAACAGAGUUCUUUCUUCUAGCAAUAAUGGCAUAUGACCGCUAUGUGGCCAUCUGUAACCCAUUGCUUUAUCAAACCAUCAUGUCUCAGAGAGUGUGUUUCCAAUUGAUAGCUGCUCUUUAUAUAUACAGCUUUGGUGUUGCUCUGUUUCACACAAUAGUCACAUUCCGCUUGUCCUUCUGCUCUGCUAAUGUGAUCAAUCAUUUCUACUGUGAUGACCUCCCACUGUUAGCACUUUCUUGUUCUGACACCAGCACUAAACAGAUUCUGAUCUAUGUUUUUGCUGGGUUUGGCUUUAUAUGCUCCCUUCUCAUUGUACUCAUCUCUUAUAUUUUUAUCCUCUCUGCCAUCCUAAGAAUUCGUUCUUCUCAAGGCCGACAGAAAGCCUUCUCUACCUGCGUUUCUCACCUGACAGCUGUUACUAUCUUCUAUGGAACUCUGAUCUUUAUGUAUUUGCAGCCUAGAACUAACCACUCACUAGAGACUGAUAAAAUUGCCUCUGUCUUCUACACGCUGGUGAUUCCCAUGCUGAACCCUUUGAUCUACAGUCUGAGAAAUAAGGAAGUUAAGGAUGCUCUGAAGAGAACAAAAGAAAGAAUUUUGGUUGUUCUCUGA